CUUUUCUCUGGGUGCUCUGGUUGGAAGGCUCUGGCUGCCACAUCCUUGGAGGCUUUCUGGAUCUGUUUGCCCCAAAAAGUCUCAGGUAGAGGGUGUGGAGUGUCGCGCCACCCGCCCUGGCCCUGGGACGCGGUGUCCUCUGAGCAGGACCUGCUCGCGUGAGCUGGAAACCUGGGGUGAUUUCUUCCCCGAAGGGCUGUGGGCACUGAGCUCGCUGCCCGGGUGGAGUCGCCGUCCCGGGGGGAACAGACGGGGGUCUUGGGGGCGUUUCAGUGCCAGCGUUGGCUGGACGGUUGGGCUCAAUUGUUCCAUGACUCCAUAAUCCGUCCGCACUGUGUGUCGCGUAUUCGUGGCUGUAGCCAUCUCCGUCAUUUCGGGGUUCCCGGACUGAGCUCUAGUGCAGAGAGGUUCCUUGUGGUGCCGUUGUUAAACUGUAACUCACUCUGCAAGGGCCGUUUAGAUGUUUUAUGAUUUUGUGCCCGAAGCAGGAGGGUCGCGUUGGGCUCAGGACGGGCGGCUCUGGGGCUGACGCGCAGUCUGAACAGGGUCUGUACGGCCUGUGUUAAAAAACAUAUGUGGAUAUAUCUGGCAAUUAAAAUAUGGGGCUUGUUUUUAACGAUGUUUUCAAGAUCUGUCUUGGGAUAUCAGACCUGGCAAUGAGCUGUAAUUAAAGGAAAAUCUGAGAGUUUCCGGCAGGACUGCAGUGAUUCUUUGUGCCCCCUUUCAACUGGGGGUUCACCCCUUUAAAUUGCGGAAGGUGGAGGAUGUUUUCACUGCUUAAGGCAGAGGAACGAAAAGCAGCAGCAUCUACAGCUAUUUGCCAUGAGUUUUUCUUUCCUGCUUUGCAAAAACUUCUGAUUUUUAGAUACUCGGCUAAGAAGUCGCGUUUAACCUGAAGGGCACAUGUUGAUCCUCUGAAAUAUGAAACAAUUCCCGACGAGUCGCUGGGACUCUUGUUUAAGCAUCUGUCAGCACCGCCGCACCGACCGCUGCGCUCGGUUCUCCCGAUGAGCAGCCGCUCUCCCCGAGGACGCGGCGCAGCCUCGCCGGCCCAUCAGCCGCGUUCGACGGCUCCGGACCCGCCGGUUCUGCUGUCCAAACCCCCGGAUCUGCCGUUUCCCGGCCGGUGUGGGAAUUGCAGCCGCCAGCCCGUUGCUCGGGGGCGAGGACUCUGUUUCCAUCCCCCCGUACAGCUGGAGCAAACACGAUGUCUAAAAAGCAAAAUACAAAAGAUCCGUCCGGGUUCGUUUUUGAUGUGCAGUCCAACACCGUGAUGGCCCAAGGAGGAGCCUUUGAAAACAUGAAGGAGAAGAUCAGCGCCGUGCGAGCCAUUGUCCCCAACCGGAGCAACAACGAGAUCGUCCUCGUGCUGCAGCACUUCGACAACUGUGUGGACAGGACCGUGCAAGCCUUCAUGGAAGGUAAUGCCAGCGAAGUGCUGAAAGAAUGGACUGUGACAGGCAAAAAAAAGAACAAGAAGAAGAAAAGCAAAGCGAAGGCGCGAGCCGAGCCGAGCUCCGGGUCCGACGCCACCAAGUCGGCGCCCGCGGAGGAGGAGCGGCCGGCGCGCCCCGAGCGGGCCGGGAUCAACGGCUUCCACGUCAACGGCUGCGCCCACGACGCCGAGUCCGCCGACUCGCUCAGCGAGGGCUUGGACGCGCUCUCCAUCGACGCCAGGGAGCUGGAGGACUGCGACGUGCCCGAGAGAGCAGCGGUGCCUGACCUAGCGAACGGAAUAGCAGACUCUGACCCCAAAUCGCUCACCAUCCAUCCUUCCCAGAGCCCCUCGUCCCUCCGACAGCAGCGGAACCCCCCCCGGCCUCCGUCCCGCCCGGCGACCGCCCCCCCGCCCGGCGCGCGCCUGGAAGACGCCCCCGUUUCACCCGCUAACAGGAAACUAGGUUCCAGCAUCGAGAAGUCGGUGAAGGACCUGCAGCGCUGCAGCGUGUCGCUGGCGCGGUACCGCGCCGUGCUCAAGGAGGAGAUGGACGCCUCCAUCAAGAAGAUGAAGCAGGUCUUUGCGGAGCUGCAGAGCAGCCUGAUGGAUCGGGAGGUGGCGUUGCUGGCCGAGAUGGACAAAGUGAAGGCAGAAGCAAUGGAGAUGCUGGGGGGGCGGCAGAGGCGGGCGGAGGCGCUGAAGAAGCUGGCGGACGUGGCCGUGCGCAUGUCGGACGAGCAGCUGGGCGAGCUCCGCGCCGACAUCAAGCAUUUUGUGAGCGAGCGCAAGUACGACGAGGAGCUGGGCCGGGCGGCGCGGUUCAGCUGCGACCUGGAGGCGCUGAAACGGAGCAUCGCCGCCUUCGGGCACGGGGACAAAGAGACCCCGAGUGGGCCCCAAACCCCAGCGGCACACAGGCCCCCCCGGCCCGCACCGCCCCCCGGGCCAGGCCCCCCCGGGCCCCCCCGCCCCGGGGCUGCCCCAGCGCAAACCCCGCGCCAAGUCCUGAGCCCCCGGCCCGGCCCGGGGGGGCCGCUCGGACACGUUUACACUGCGACGUUGGUGCCAUUGGGGCUUUUCUUUUCCUCUCUGCCCCCCAUUCUCCUCACGGGGGGGUCCGCCCCCCCCACCCCGUCCCCUUUUCCCCUCAAAAAAAAAUCACCUUGCAAAGAAAAACGUGCUGGCCCGGAGCUGAGCCGAGGGGCCGCGUUCGGUGCCACCGCUGUCACCAGCGGCGCCGUCCAGGAGCAACACGGGGGGGCGGGGGUGACCCCCGAAACGGGCCCCUUCCCCCUCGUUUUGCUGUUUAUUCAAAUCUCUUUAUUUUCCUGGGAGUCUCUUUAUUUUAUUCAAAAUCUCUUCAUAUUGUUUUGUUCCGUUCCCUGCAGCCCCGCUCGUCCUCCUCCCCCUUCCCUUCCAGCGAUGAAGGAGCAGGGGGGGCCACGCUCACAAUUCAAGGGGGGGCCGGCGCUGCCCUCCCAACUUUUUUCCCACGGGGGUUAUUUUUUCUUUCCCUCUCUAAUUAAACUUUUCCUGAAUCAAUUGAACAAAUUAAUUAAAUCAAACCCAAACAUGGAGCUUUUAAAAAUUCAGGAAUUGUGCUCCACUCUGCCCCAUUUGCCCAGAACGAGCACUGAGGAGCUGGGGGGGCACCUGGAGGAGCUGGGGGUCCCCAUGGGGACCCCCCCUUGUCCCUGGGUCACUGCUGCGCCAGCUUGGCCGCCUCCGCCUUGA